CUCUUGGCCUGUCUGACAAACGACACCAGACCGAUUUUUCAGCCUGUGAAAAUACAGCUGGUGCGCAACCAUGCCAGUGAACUCACUGCUAAUUUUAGCUGCGCUCGGAACCACUGCUCUCAGUGCGGAACACGUCAACAUGUUUACCCAGGAAGAGAAAAGGCUGUGCGACUGGGAAUGCAUGACCCUUGCUCUGUUGUGGCCAGGAGCCUUCUGCGUGAGCCUGAAAUAUAAUACAUCAGACUGCGUAAUCCCAAAGCACAUUCAGAACUGGACCAUCCAUGGUUUAUGGCCCUUGAAAAAAGAAAGAUGCUGUGACUGCUGGCCAAUUUUCCCCUCUGACCUUACGGAACUGGAACCCGAACUUUCCCAGUUUUGGCCUACACUGAUCAACAGACCUAACUUCACCUUUUGGAGGAAUGAAUGGAUCAAACAUGGCUCCUGUGCAGCCUGCAAGGAGGGAAUGAACUCCCCCACCCGUUACUUCCAGGUGUCACUGAAGUUACGCAGACACUUCAACAUUGACAAGAUCUUGAACACUGCAGGCAUUGUACCCUCCUGCAACAAUCCUUACAAGAUCAGUGACCUACAUGAAGUUCUGGAUCGCAUUCUUGGUGACAAGUAUGAGAUCCAGUGCGUGAAAGAUGAUACGGGUCGGGAAGUAUGGUUUCAGGUGAAGAUUUACCUGUAUCAGAACUUUACAUUAGGAUGUCACACAUAUGACCAGGAAAAGCUAAGAGAUGCCCACACACUCUGGAGCAGCUCAUCAGGACACCCCUGUCCCCAACAAGGACCUGUCUUCUACUUUCCCAUCAAAUAUGAGGAUCCCCUACACCCAUGUGACUGAGACCUUACUAGUGGAAACUCAACAUCAAUGACCCGCUCCUACCAUUAUGUAAUGCAAAGAUACUCAGUUGUGUGUACAAUAACGUAUUUGGGUGUAGCAUUGUGUCCAGUAUCAUAUGUGUAAGGACUUUUCAUUCAUGAUAGCUAAAAAUGCAAAGAAAACCAUCUAUCAGCUUGAAUAGUUUGUACUAGAACUAUAGACGAGCAAAUCAACCCAACUCAACACAAUUUCAUAACUGAAAGUGGAGAAAGUAUCAUUCCAAACAUUCAUGCAUUUACCUGUUUAUUGAUGUGGAAUUCCAACACCAAAAAAAAAAAAAAGAAAAAACUAA